UCCGCUGUCCCAGGUCCUGGAGCACUCCCUCCAGGCAGGUCUCGCUCCCGCGUACAGGCCCCUCCCUGGCUGGCCGGGCCCCGGGAAGCGCAAGGCAGGACGCCCCAGGCUGGGCGGUCGCAGUCGAGCCUCGCCCCAGACGCUGCGCUCCGGGCCAGGCGUCUUCUGGGAGCCCCGGCGGACUCAGCUCCUUACUGCCUCCUGGGCUACGUCCCUGGAGACUCCGAGAGCGAGGGCUCUGUGCUCACUCCUACCUGGGUGGCUUCUGUUGGCGCUCCUGCGAGAACAUGGUGCAGAAGUACCAGUCUCCUGUCCGCAUCUACAAGUACCCAUUUGAGCUGGUCAUGGCGGCCUAUGAGAAGCGCUUCCCCACCUGCCCGCAGAUCCCCGUCUUCCUGGGCAGCGAGGUCCUGCGCGAGUCCCGCAGCCCGGAUGGGGCGGUCCACGUGGUGGAGCGGAGCUGCCGGCUGCGCGUGGAGGCCCCACGGCUGCUGCGGAAGAUUGCCGGCGUUGAGCACGUGGUCUUCGUGCAGAGAAACGUGUUGAACUGGAGGGAGAGGACCCUGCUCAUCGAAGCCCACAACGAAACCUUCGCCAGCCGCGUCGUGGUCAAUGAGAACUGCAGCUACACAGUCCACCCUGAGAAUGAAGAGUGGACUUGCUUUGAGCAGUCUGCCUCGCUUGACAUCCGGUCCUUCUUUGGCUUCGAAAGUGCCCUGGAGAAGAUCGCCAUGAAGCAGUACACAGCCAACGUCAAGAGGGGGAAGGAGGUGAUUGAGCAUUACCUGAACGAGCUCAUCUCCCAGGGCACCUCUCACAUUCCCCGCUGGACGCCUGCCCCCGUCCGAGAGGAGGACGCCCGCUCUCAGGCUGGCCCGAGGGAUGCUGGCUCCCUGCAGGCUGACAGGCCCAGCAGCACCCCAGUCCCUGCUCCUGAGACGGUUCUUACUGAGGGGGACAAGCUGGAUGCAGACUACAUUCAAAGGUACCUGGGCCAUCUCACACCCGUGCAGGAGAGCUGCCUGAUCCAGCUUCGGCACUGGCUGCAGGAGACCCACAAAGGCAAGAUUCCCAAAGAUGAGCAUAUCCUCCGGUUCCUGCGGGCCCGUGACUUCCACCUGGACAAGGCCCGGGAGAUGCUGUGCCAGUCCUUGAGCUGGAGAAAGCAGCACCAGGUGGAUCUCCUCCUCCAGACGUGGCAACCGCCUGCCCUCCUGGAGGAAUUCUACGCAGGGGGCUGGCACUACCAGGACAUAGAUGGCCGCCCCCUCUACAUCCUGCGCCUGGGCCACAUGGACACCAAAGGCUUGAUGAAGGCUGUGGGGGAGGAGACGCUGCUGAAACACGUUCUUUCUGUCAACGAGGAGGGACAGAAGAGAUGUGAAGGGAACACAAAGCAGUUUGGCCGUCCCAUCAGCUCCUGGACCUGCCUGGUGGACCUGGAGGGUCUCAACAUGCGUCACCUGUGGCGUCCGGGGGUCAAGGCCCUGCUGCGGAUGAUUGAGGUGGUGGAGGACAAUUACCCCGAGACCCUGGGCCGGCUGCUCAUCGUGCGAGCCCCUCGUGUCUUCCCGGUGCUCUGGACGCUGAUCAGCCCCUUCAUCAAUGAGAACACCAGGCAGAAGUUUCUCAUCUACAGCGGCAGCAAUUACCAGGGCCCCGGAGGCCUUGUGGACUACCUGGAUAAAGAAGUGAUCCCCGACUUCCUCGGGGGAGAGUGUGUGUGUAAUGUCCCUGAAGGAGGGCUGGUCCCCAAGUCCCUCUAUCUGACAGAGGAGGAGCAGGAGCACACGGACCAGCUGCGGCAGUGGAGAGAGACCUACCAGUCGGCCAGCGUGCUCCGAGGAGCCCCCCAUGAGGUUGCGGUGGAGAUUCUGGAGGGGGAAUCAGUCAUCACCUGGGACUUUGACAUCCUGAGAGGGGACGUGGUCUUCAGCCUGUACCACAGCAAGCAGAUGCCCCAGCCUGGCCGCCAGGAGCCGGGGGCCAGGGCCGGCGGGCAGCUGAUGGACAAAGGCUGGGUCCUAGGUGUGGAUUACAGCCGUGUCGAAGCCCCUCUUGUCUGCCGGGAAGGGGAGAGCAUCCAGGGCUCCCAUGUGACCCGGUGGCCUGGUAUCUAUUUGCUCCAGUGGCAAAUGCACAGCCCCCCUGGGAAUGCGGCUUGCACCCUCCCCGGGGUGGAGGACGUCCUGACGGCCCUGCACAGCCCCGGCCCCAAGUGCAAACUUCUCUACUACUACGAGGUGCUGGCGUCUGAGGACUUCAGGGGCUCCAUGUCCAGCCUGGAAUCCUGCACCAGCGGUUUCUCCCAGCUCAGCGCCACCACUUCCUCCUCAUCUGGCCAGUCCCACAGCAGCCCUCUGGUCUCCAGAUAGUUAGGACUGAGCCCUGUGGGGCAGCCUGCUUGCCUCCUAGGUCUGUAAGUGUCCAUGGGGUCUGGGACCAUGUGGGCUGCAACCCUGCGUCUGGACACUGACUAAGUUGGGGCAUCUGGAGCCAAUGGCAAUGAUCCAGCUCACGCAUUCUCAAGGAUGCAAGGAUGGAAUGAUCUUCUUUGGGCUUCACGUAAGGAAAAGCCAGGGAGUGGCUGGGCCACCUUUGGGUCUGCCUGGUCCGGGAGCUCAGGGAUAUCAUCGGGCUCAGCAUCCCCUCUCCAUCCCUGGCUCUGCUUUCCCUGGGGGCAGCUUCCUUCUCAGGUGCCCUCCCCAUGCAGGGGAUCCCACCACCACUAGGGUCCCGCCCUCCCCCCCCCAGCUCAGCUGCAGAUGAGAACCUCUGUCUCCCAAAGUUCCAUCCAAGCUCCCAGAAUGGAGUCUAAUCAGCCUGCCUGAGUCCCACACUGGUCCCUGAACCAAUCACAGUUGCCAGGGUACCAGAGAACACUGAUUGGCCGACAGGGUCCUGUGUCUGAUCUGGGCCAGUUACCAUACCAAGAUGGGGUUUCAGCGAUUGGUCUACCUGGACCAAUGACUGUUCCUGACGCCAACCACCUAGUUUGAAAAGCAUAAAGAAGUUGCCUCUAGGAAUACUGGGGUGCCCCACAGGAAGAAGAGGGAAAGAAUGCUGGGUUGGCAGAAAUGACUUUCACAACGGACUGCAAAGCAAUGCCCUGUGUCCCAAGACAUGCAUGCUGAGCAGAUAUAUGAGUUACAGGGUCACUUUCUGUGGGGAGUAGCCCACCUGAAACCCAUCUUCCCAGCACUUGGCUAGGAAGGCAGCCUGACCACCACGACUUGAGGAGGGUGGGGAAGCCCAGGCAGGGAUGAAGU